UUUUCUUUCAGCAUAAAUAUAAAUGCAUUAUUUCUCUCCUCAUUUGCUGCUGCUCUGACUCUUUAAUACCGUCAGCCAGCUCUUGAAUGCAUUAUGUUUUAGCUGCAGAGUUCAUAGAAAGCCACUCAAACUAACUCAAUGCACCGGUCUAUGACAAGGCAAGCAGACAUGAAUAAGGAAAAUUCAUCUGCUGUUAAUAUUCGAGAGCCCACUACAAGGAUUACUAGGGCACGGGCUAAAGCCUUGGGCAUAACGGGAGGUUUACCGCCAAGACACCCCCAACCAAAACUGGAAACCAAACAAGCUCUACAAUCAAACUCUAAAAGAGGGUCAUCAGAUAACAAGUCCACUGAUGUUGGAUCAAGCUUUCAGCCCAAGAGAAGAGCAAUUCUCAAGGAUGUCACUAACAUGCCUUUUAACGAUUUAAAUAUAAAGGUCAUUAAUGAGGUGAAAAUCCAGACUAGCAUGCAAUUGAGAAGUGCUGCUGAAAAGAAUGUCACGAUGGUGCCAGCUGUUUGUGUGGGCCCUGAGGUUCGAAAGGGGAAAACGAAAGCAACAGAAGAUAUGACAAAACAGAGCAUAAAGGAAUUACGAGAAAUAACUUCCCAGCUAAAGUUAGUGAAUGAUUUAGAAAUGGAGCCAAGUAUGUUUAAAAAUCCAAAAGUAGGUGUAUUACCAGCAAUGAUUCUUGGAAAUUCAACUUAUAAUAACCUUUCUGGACUAGGAAGCUCUUCGCCAACAGGAGAGAUCAAAUUUUCCAGCAAAGUAGAGCCUGUAAAUGAUCAAGUUAUUAUUGACAUUGAUUUUAAGCACAAAGAUCCUCAAAUGUGCAGCUUAUAUGCUGCUGAGUUAUAUAAUAAUUUACGCGCCACUGAGUUAAAGUGGAGCCCUUCAGUUGAUUAUAUGAAAAUCGUGCAGCGGGACAUCACAAAACAGAUGCGUGGUAUUCUCAUUGACUGGCUUGUGGAGGUUCGUGAAGAAUACAAGCUAGAAUCAGAAACACUAUACCUAACAGUCACUCUUAUAGAUCGGUAUCUCUCUAAAAUGUACAUUGAAAAACAAAGACUCCAAUUGCUUGGAAUAACCUGCAUGCUCAUUGCCUCCAAGUAUGAAGAUAUAUGUGCUCCACGUGUUGAAGACUUCUGUUUUAUCACAGACGGCACCUACACUAGAAAAGAGGUAUUGGACAUGGAGGGUCAAGUUCUUGAUGUGUUGAGCUUUCAUCUUCCUGUUCCGACCAUAAACAAGUUCCUGCGGAGGUUCCUUUUAGCAGCACAAAGUUCUUACAAGGUUCUUGUUGUAGAACUUGAAUACUUGGCAAACUAUUUAGCAGAGUUAACUCUCACAGAGUAUGGUUUUUUGAAGUUUAUGCCAUCCCUUAUUGCUGCCUCAGCCGUGUUCUUAGCCAAAUGGACACUUGAUCAGAUUGAACAUCCAUGGAAUCCUACCUUGGAACAUUAUACAAAUUACAAGGUAUCAGAUCUUAAAGCAACAGUUUUGGCACUGCAAGAUAUGCAACUUAACAAUGCAGCCACUCUUCAUGCAAUACGUCAAAAGUACAUGCAUAAGCAGUUCAAUAGUGUUGCAACCUUAACUUCCCCAAAACCAGUGAAACCGUUGUUCUAACGUUUAACAUGAGAAACUGAUAUUUCUACAUAAUGACGAGACCGCUGUAUCCACCAAGAACUCCUUGGCGCCAUCAAUUUAAUCAUGCUUUUUGGAGAUCUCCAGUCAGGGGGUGCAAAAUUUUCUCCUGUUGUAAGUUGUAACUAUUCUGGAGCUGUCUAUGUAACAUUAUUUAUAUGAAGAAUUAACAGCUUGUAUCUAAAAAUAUUGAUUGAUGUUAUAAAAUUCUAUUUAUUGAUCUACUUUAGUCUUGAGUAAAUAUAUGCAUUGUAUCUAA